AUUGUGUGGGAGUAGAAAAACCGUAUUUUGCGCAUCGGUUUUUGUGAACUAGUAAGGAACAAACAAGAAUUUGGAAGUGUGGUGCUCGGGAAACUCAACAAAAAUGGUUUCUAAUGGAGGUAGCAAGAUCAGAUGGGGGGAGCUAGAGGAAGAUGACGGUGAGGACCUCGAUUUCCUUCUUCCACCAAAACAGAUAAUUGGACCUGAUGAACAUGGAACUAAAAAAACCAUAGAGUACAAAUUCAAUGACGAUGGAAAUAAGGUUAAGAUCACUACAACCACCCGCGUUCGAAAGCUCGCCAAGGCUCGUCUCAGCAAACGAGCUAUUGAACGUCGGGCUUGGCCUAAAUUCGGUGACGCUGUUCAUGAGGAUGUUGGAAGUAGACUCACCAUGGUUUCUACUGAAGAGAUCUUGCUUGAAAGACCCAGAGCCCCAGGUUCUAAAGCUGAAGACUCCAAAACAGCAGGAGACUCAAUGGCUCAGCUUGUUAAAGGAGGUGCUGUUCUAAUGGUGUGCAGAACUUGUGGCAAGAAGGGUGAUCACUGGACAUCUAAGUGCCCUUUUAAGGAUCUUGCUCAACCAUCUGAAGGUUUUGUCGACAAACCCCCAGUGGCAGAAGCAAAUAUGCCGGGUGGAGCUGUGAAGGGAGCUUACGUUCCACCAAGCUUGCGAGCAGGUGCAGAGAGACCUGCUGGAACAGAAAUGAGACGUAGAAAUGAAGAGAACUCAGUUCGUGUCACUAAUCUCUCAGAAGACACUAGAGAGCCUGACUUGCUUGAGCUUUUCAGGCCUUUUGGUCCAGUAAGUCGUGUCUAUGUAGCUAUAGACCAGAAGACUGGCGACAGCAGAGGUUUUGGAUUUGUUAAUUUUGUAAACAAGGAGGAUGCUCAGAGGGCCAUCGACAAGCUUAAUGGGUAUGGAUAUGACAAUCUAAUUCUACGGGUCGAGUGGGCUGCUCCCAGAACAAACUAGAAUAUAUUUUCUCGAGAAAACUCUCAAGUUUUAAAAUUUUGAUCAACACUGGCCUUUUUAUUUUCUAUCCUAAUCACUUGAGAUGACACAUUUCUCUCACCUUUGAGUAAUGUGCUCAAAACUCUCUUACUAUUGUUCACAAGACAAUAAAAUGGACUUCUUUAGAGUCACAGUAAUUUGCUGCUGUGUAUAAACAAAUU